AUAGUUCUGUCAAAUCUGACGUCGAUAUGUCUAAUGCAUAAAUAUCUUUUUUAUAAAUACAUCAAAUUAUACAACACUAUAGUAAAACAUGACAUAAUACCACUACUGAAGAUGUACGUUAUUUUGAUGCUAUUGGUAUUUUCAAACUUACCAAGUGUUUAUAGUCAGGGCUUUUGCGGCCCAUAUCACGGAAAAGUGUGCAAAAAGUACGUCGAUAACACGAAAAUUGUGUUCUACAACAACACGGGAGGCUACGAGAACGAACAAAUCGCAAUUAAUCUGUGGCAGGAGUUGAUUACCGGUUACGAAGAACCGUGCAAAAGCGCAGCCGAGAAACUGCUCUGUGUUUACGCUUUUCCCGAAUGCAAUGUGGACAAACCACUACCGCUGUGUUACGAAGACUGUUCGGCCGUUAAAGAGUUGUUUUGCUACAAAGAAUGGGCAUUCAUAGAGACCAAAAAGUUAGCUGGCCAUUAUGUGCACAGUCGAGGACAUUUCAGGCUUCCCGACUGCAGCAUACUACCAAAGUAUCACGACGAAAACAAGAACAACACUUGCGCUUAUGCAGGGUUAACGGACGUGCAGGAAGAUGAAAUUACUUACGAUUGUAUUAAAGGGAGAGGCCGGUAUUACCAAGGCAAAGUGAAUGUAACUAAAAGCGGUAUAUUUUGUCAAAGGUGGGAUUCACAGGAACCGCACUCGCACAACUCGCCGCCGAACAUAUUCCCCGAGUUGAAAAACUCGGAGAACUACUGCAGGAAUGCUGGUGGCGAGGAGAAGAGACCGUGGUGUUUCACCAUGGAUGCCGAUGUGCGAUGGGAGAACUGCGAGAUACCUAAGUGCCUCAACUCGACUGUUGAGGAUGAUGGAAAGGGUAUUAUAAUGGAUCAGUACUUAUCCCCAACGUUCAUCAUUAUUCUGUCGGGUGUGGGUUUGCUCGCGAUUGUCGUGUGUUUAUUAUUCGUUCUGCUGUGCCAUAGGGUGCACAAAAGACACGUUCUCGGCUACAACUCGCCUGAAACGGUCGACGUGAACAUAGAUUUGGAUAAGUUGCCCAGCAAUAUGGCGUAUCAUAGACACGGGGCAACUUUGAAUCCCAAGUUGGAGAAGUUGGAAUUUCCCAGGAAUGACAUCAUAUAUAUUAGGGAUUUGGGUCAGGGGGCGUUCGGGAGCGUUUUUCAGGCUAGGGCGCCGGGGUUGAUAGCAGGGGAGGAGUUCACCGUGGUGGCGGUUAAAAUGUUGAAGGAUGACGCCUCGGAGGAUAUGCAGGACGACUUCGAGAAGGAGGCGUGUCUUUUGUCGGAGUUUGACCACCCCAACAUAGUCAAACUGUUGGGAGUCUGCGCGGUGGGGCGGCCGAUGUGUCUUUUGUUCGAGUACAUGGGUAAGGGGGAUCUGAACGAGUUUUUGCGGCAGUGUUCGCCGAGUAACUACGUCGUGAGGAGCAUUAUGAACGGGGAGUUCGUUAAUAGAGACGUGUACAGGGACAACCAGCUCACUCACUUGGAGCAGGUCAACGUGGCCCUGCAAAUCGCGGCCGGGAUGGUGUACCUAUCCGACAGGAAGUUCGUGCACAGGGAUCUCGCGACGAGAAACUGCCUGAUAAACGAGGAAAUGGUGGUGAAGAUCGCCGAUUUCGGGCUGUCGCAGAAGAUCUACCUGCAGGAUUACUACAAGGGCAGCGACCGGGACGCCAUCCCGGUGCGGUGGAUGCCCCUCGAGAGCAUCCUGUACAACAAGUACACCCCUGAAUCGGACGUGUGGGCUUUCGGAGUGUGCCUGUGGGAGAUAUUCUCCUUCGCGUUGCAACCCUACUACGGCAUGACGCACGAAGAGGUGAUCAAGUAUCUGAAAGACGGCAACGUUUUGGUCAGCCCUGAGUCGACUCCGGCGCCGCUGUACGAGGUCAUGAAGGAGUGCUGGGCGCAGAAGCCCGUCGAUCGGCCGGGGUUCAGAACCAUCCACCAGAUGCUCACCAACAUACACACCAACAUGCUAUCAAUGCCAAAUCAUUAGCUUUACGAGUACAAUACCAAAUGUUAAGUGGGUGCCACCUGAGAGGUUUAGUCGAUUAUCUCCGUUAAUUUUAGUGUUACGUUAAAGUGGUUAUCGCAAAAAUUGUUCGUGAAAGUGUUUCCAGAAACUUUUUUUUCUGUCACGGAUAUUUAAAAAGUUAUUCAAGUUGUAAUGGUUAUAAAUUUAUCGCAAUAGGGAUUUUGACUCAGGUGACUAAAGGUGUUACAAAUAGAGAUGUAAAAAAACGGUUUUUUCAGAUGUGAAAAAAAACCUAAAAAAAAAACGGUUUUUUUUGU